GUGCCACAGGAACUCUGAAGCUAAGCUGAGCCAAGAUGCCGCCAGAGCCCCUGGAGAGGGCCUGUUUUCCGAAGACUCGGAGUUGGCUGUGAAAAGCCCUUGGGGAGGCCCCCCCCAACGGCAGGGACGCUCCUGGCUCCUGUGAAGGGGCUCAGGGCCUGGGCAGGCCAGCUGUGCUGCAGCUAUGGACCGUGAGCUGGCCUGGCCUGCGUCCUUGCUGACCCUGCCCAUCUGCAGCUGUGCCCAACAUGGGCUCCUCGGUGUACAUCAUGGUGGAGCUGGCCAUUGCCGUGCUGGCCAUCCUGGGCAACGUGCUAGUGUGCUGGGCUGUGUGGCUGAACAGCAAUCUGCAGAAUGUCACCAACUACUUUGUGGUGUCCCUGGCGGCGGCCGACAUCGCCGUGGGGGUCCUUGCCAUCCCUUUUGCCAUAACCAUCAGCACGGGGUUCUGUGCCGCCUGCCACAGCUGCCUCUUCUUCGCCUGCUUCGUGCUAGUCCUCACGCAGAGUUCCAUCUUCAGCCUCCUGGCCAUCGCCAUUGACCGCUACAUCGCCAUCCGCAUCCCACUCCGGUACAAUGGCUUGGUGACAGGCACGAGGGCCAAGGGCAUCAUUGCAGUCUGCUGGGUGCUAUCGUUUGCCAUCGGCCUGACUCCCAUGCUAGGCUGGAACAACUGCAGUCAGCAGGAGGGCAGAAACCACUCGCAGGGCUGCAGGGUGGGCCAGGUGGCCUGUCUCUUUGAGGACGUGGUCCCCAUGAACUACAUGGUGUACUACAACUUCUUUGCUUGUGUCCUGGUGCCCCUGCUGCUCAUGCUGGGUGUCUACUUGCGGAUCUUCCUGGCGGCCCGGCGACAGUUGAAGCAGAUGGAGAGCCAGCCUCUGCCGGGGGAGCGAGCCCGGUCCACGCUGCAGAAGGAGGUCCAUGCUGCCAAGUCGCUGGCCAUCAUCGUGGGGCUCUUCGCCCUCUGCUGGCUGCCCCUGCACAUCAUCAACUGCUUCACCUUCUUCUGUCCCAAGUGCAGCCACGCCCCACCCUGGCUCAUGUACCUGACCAUCAUCCUCUCCCACACCAAUUCCGUGGUGAAUCCCUUCAUCUAUGCCUACCGCAUCCGCGAGUUCCGCCAGACCUUCCGCAAGAUCAUUCGCAGCCACAUCCUGAGGCAGCGGGAGCCCUUCAAAGCAGGUGGCACCAGUGCCCGGGCCCUGGCAGCUCACAGCAGCGACGCGGAGCAGAUCAGCCUCCGCCUCAAUGGCCACCCUCCCGGGGUGUGGGCCAAUGGCAGUGCCCCCCAGCCUGAGCGGCGACCCAAUGGCUACACCCUGGGGCUGUUGAGUGGAGGGAGUGCCCGUGAGUCCCACCGGGACAUGGGCCUCCCAGACGUGGAGCUCCUCAGACAGGAGCUCAAGGGAGAGCGCCCAGAGUCCCUGGGCCUCGAGGGUCCCCAAGCCCAGGAUGGAGCAGGAGUGUCCUGAUGAUCCACUGAGUCUGCCCCUUCCUAAGGGAAGGAAAUCUUUCUCUUCCUGGUUGGUGGAACCAGUCACGUUGAGAGAAGAG